AUGGUUCUUAUUCAUCCGAGUAUCAUCAGCAGCGUCGCGACGCGGCUAGGGAGAAAAUGGGAAGACGAGGAGGGGAGGACGAUGUACGAGAAGGGAGAAGACUGCCUUGGCUCCCUGCGCGAUCUUCAGCGGCUGAUGCGGCGGGACCACCCUGUGUCGCGCGACGUGCUCGUGCAGCUGGGUCGGUGGGACAUUGUUCGCACAGACCUCGUUCCCAUCAUCUGCCGAUACCGCCGCGACUCCUCUCUGCUCCUUAACGCCGCGCCACCUCCCCAUUCCCCGACUUUCCCCACGUCCCCACCUCCCCAUCCAUUCCCUUCCGCCUCCCCCACUUCCCCUCCCCACCACCCCUCAGUCAAGCUGCUGGUGUUCCUUACGAUGCCAUCGCCGCCACCGCCGCCAGAUCUGGACGCAGCAGGGCGGCAGCAGCAGCAGAAGCUGCGGCUGGAGCACCAUAACUGCCAGAGGCGCUUCAAGAGCGCGCUGCUGCACGGAACUGGCGCUGUAACGAGUGGGCUUAUACCGAGAAACGGUGGCGCUGGUGCUGGUGGUGGUGGCGGUGGUGGGAGUGGUUAUGUGGGGAGUGGGGAGAGCGAUGCGAUCGCGAUUGUGCUUCAGUUGCUCGUUGAUCCUCUCACGAAUAUCCAAAGUGGGCGUGGCAGCAGCGACGACUGGCGGCUGGUACAGAUGAUAGUCACUCUGGUUCGGAACCUCCUUGCCAUCCCCGACCCUCCGCCGGACGUAUCCUCAGCCUCGGCAUGGGCGCAUCUGUGCUUCCUUCAGGACGAUCUGAUUCGCUCUCUCUUCCGCAGCGGCUUCCCAGACAUACUUCUCUUCCUCGUAGCCUGCCUCGACGCCCCCGAAACCGCCCCAGCUCUUCGCCACGACAACCUCUUAUUCCUCGAGAUUCUUAAUCUCCUCUUCCGCGAAUUACCUCCUAAGGACGCUGCUGUAGCGGCGUUUAGGGCUGUCGGGGAGGCUGAUGCCGAGGCUGACGCGCGGGAGGACCGGGAGGCUGCCGAACGUCUGGCGGAGGCUCGGCGGCGGGAGAAGGAGCGGGCGGCUCGGAAGGCGCUGGCCCAGAAGAUCACGCAGCGGCACUCCCGGUUCGGCGGGCUCUAUGUGGUUCGGAACGCGUCUCUAGCACACCUUUCUCCCCGCCUGUCCACCACGCCGUCUUCAGCCAAGGCAAGUCGCGAACAGUCUGUAGCACGCCAGUCUCCCCGCCUGUGCACCACGCCAUCUUCAGCCAAGUCAAACGGGGAUUCCAAUCCUGGGCUCACUCCAAACCUCCUCUGUUCGCACACCUAUGCCCACGCCCUUGCCCCCUCCUCCCAGGACAAGUCAAGAACAGUCUCUAGCACACCUUUCUCCCCGCCUGUCCACCAUGCCAUCUUCAGCCAAGUCAGGCGGGGACCCGUGCGGCGAGUGAUGGGGGGGACGGGCAUGGGAGGAAUGGGCAUGGGCAUGGGCAUGGGCAUAGGGGGAAUAGGAAUGGGCGGAACAGGCAUCGGCAUGGGGUUGGAUGCUGGUUUGAACGGCGAUGGGGGUGGUGGCAACGGUGGUGAUGCGAGGAAACCAGAUGCUGACGUGGAUGCUGCCCUGGGAUUGGUCGGUGGAGCGCGGGCCAAUAGGAGGAGCUCCAGGUGGACGGCGAGGCGCCUCGGGGUGUUUGCUGACCGAUUGCUGGCUUCGGGAUGCUACAAUGUACGCAUGAAGACGGUUCGUCACGACGUGGCGGCCUGGCGGUGCUCAUGGAGACGUGCUCAUGGAGACGUGCUCAUGGAGACGGUGCGUCGCGACGUGGCUGCAUGGAGGGCGGGGCUAGAGGCCUCCGACACCCUCGCCUUCUUCCUGGUAGCUUCCUUCUUCACCGCGUUCCAACGGGAAAUGCACGGCCUGCGGGGCUGGGGGGGAGUGGCUGGGGGGAAGGAGGGGGUUGCGGGGGGUAAGGCAGGGGGAGCAGGAGAGGAAGCAGGAGCAAAGGACACGGAAGCAGGGGAGCGAGGGGGAGGAGAAGGAGGAGGAGGAGGAGGAGGAGAAGAACCAGGAGAAGGAAAGGAAAAACAGGAAGAAGGGGAAAGAGCAGGAACAGAGGAAGCUUCUGGGAGGGUGGAGCAGCGAGGAGUGUGUGGUUGUGGGCCAAUAGCAGCCACAAUGGAUGAUGACAUGUUCACUCUUGUUUCUGCCCGCUGGGCAGAGUAUGCUGCCCGGGCCAAUCACGAGCGGGCAGCGCUGGUUGCGGCGGGCAGCCUGCUGAAAGAAAUGAUUCACAUGCUCGAUGCCAUAAUCAAAUCCGGGGAGAAUCCCACUCCCACAGCAACAGGCUCGGCCGAACCUCUCCACGAGGUUCGGCCAGAGGUCCGGUGGGAGGUUCGGCGGGAGGUUCGGCUGGCACGGGCCAUGCUUCUACGACUCUUCUACGACGAUUCGAGCGACGGAGUGGUGCAUGUGCUGCAGCGGGUGCUGAAGGGGUUCAACCCGCACACGCAGCCGCGCUGCUUGCUGGUUGAUGCAGUGGAAACAACUCACGUGUGCCUGAGACUGCUCGAAGACUUGGUUCGAACAGAAGGUGCACUCAAGGUGGUGAGAAAGAGUCGACAGCGGAAGGACAAGGUUGGGAAGGCAAAGGAGGCCAAGGGGAAGGGGAAGAGUGUAGACGUGGGAGCGGAGGGAGAGCAGGAGGGAGAGCAGGGGAAUGAGCAGGAGAAGGCCCAGGAGGGAAAUCAGGAAGGGGAAAAUGCUGCUGCUGCAGAUGCUGAUGGUGCUGCGGGUGCUGAUGGUGGUAGUAAUGCUGCCGCUGCUAAUGUUGGAGGUGGGGUUGGUGAUGCUGCUGGUGAUGCUGCUGGUGGUUGUGACAAUAAUGCUGCACCUGAUGCUGCAGAAAAAAGGGGUGAAGGACGUCAACUGGGAGAAAAGGAAGGGCAGGAGGGGGGAACAGAACAGAGGGAAGGUAAUGGUGGUAGUUCUGCUGAUGCUGCUGCUGCUGCUGCUGGUGGUGGUGGUACUGGUACUGCUAUUGCUGCUGCUGCUGCUGGCGCUGCUGCUGCUGCUGCUGAUCCUGGUGCUGAAGAUGAUGAAGAUGAAGAGGCAGCAGCAGACGGAGAAGGCCCAGAAGAUUCCGACCCAGGCUCGGACCUAGCCUCAGAUGCAGGCUCGGACAUAGGCUCGGAUGCCGAGCCUGGGGACGGCAUAGAGGAGGCGGAGGCGGAGGAGGAGGGUCGGGGUGAUUUGUCAGGUGAUUUCUUAGGUCUGAACCCUUACACCCUGCACCCUGACAAGUCCCCCAUCUUCCUACCCCCAUCCGCCCUCUCCCCCCAUCCCCCCUCCCUCCAGGUGUCAACCCUGCACACCUUCUACAAGCUCCUAACCAACCCCGACCUCCGCUCCUCCCCUCUGCACGCACCCCUGUUUCUAGGUCUCAACCCUACACACCUUUUACAAGCUCCUAACAAACCCCGACCACCGCUCCUCCCCUCUGCGCGCACCCCUGUUUCUAGGUCUCAACCCUACACACCUUUUACAAGCUUCUCACCAACCCAGACCUCCGCUCCUCCCCCCUGCACGCGCCCCUCCUCUCCUUCCUCUCCUCCACUCAUGGUUCUCGCUGCUGACGUGGCACUGGGGGAGCUUAGGUCGGGGGGGUGGGUGGGCGGGAGAGCGGGAGGCGGGCAUGGGGAAGAGGGAUGGGAGGCGGUGAGUGGGGGGAAAGGGAGGCGGAGAGUGGGUGGGGGAGGAGGAAAGGGGGGAGAAAAGGGGGGACGGGAGAAUGUAAGGAGUGGGGGGUUGAGGGAUGCGUUGGGGGAUGAUGAAGCAGAUGUGGAGUUGCCUCGAGGCAUGUGGUGGGCUGCUGAUGUUGCUGAUGCUGCUGCUGCUGCCGCUGGCAAGAGAUGUGGGGGGUGCCUGAUGCUGCGGCUGGCAAGAGGUGAGAGAAGGGGCGACAGUAGCAGAAUUUUCUCCGGUAAUAUACAAGAAGGUGAGAGUGUUGAAGAGUGGGAGGCGCCUGAUACUACUGCUGGCAAGAGCACCACCUCGUCCUCCCCAUCUUCCUCUCCGUUCACUUUUGAGGCGCCUCAAAAGUACUUCCUACUCACACCAGCACCACCUUUUCCCAUCUUUCUCUCCGUGUCCCUGCCCUCCCCAUCUUUCUCUCCGUGUCCCUGCCCUCCCCAUCUUUCUCUCCGUGUCCCUGCCCUCCCCAUCUUCCUCUCCGUGUCCCUGCCCUCCCCAUCUUCCUCUCCGUGUAACUGCCCUCCCCAUCUUCCUCUCCGUGUCCCUGCCCUCCCCAGCUUCCUCUCCGUUCACUCUAAUAGUGGCAAGGGCAGGGACACGGCGCGAGCGACUUUAGAGUCAACCUCCUCUUUCUCUCCACCUUGCUUUCCACCUCUCGAAACCACUUGCUUUUCCACCUCCCCGUUCACUCUAAUGCUUGGCAGCAAGGGAAGGGGCAGGGCACGAGCGUUUUCAGAAGACCAGGAGAGGAGGAUACGAGAGCUUUUCGAGAGCCACAAGUCAAGGCGAGAUAUGCCAUCACUGAUAGCAAAGGCUCUCAUCGCACAUGACCCCAGCCUUCUUCAUUCCACCCGCCGUAAAAAACCAGGGAAGGAAGGGGAACCUAGGGAAGGCGGGGAAGAGAGAGAAGAGGGGGAAGAGGGGGAAGAGGGGGGAGAGGGGGAAGUGGAGGAAGGGGAGGGCGUUGGAGAGGAGGGGGCAGCUGGGGAGAAAAGGGGUGCUCCUCAAAGCGACCCUGCAGCUGCUGUUGAUGCGGACUCGAUAAAAGCUGACUCGAUAAGAGCACUUGCGGGGAAGGCGGAGAGUAGCAAGGAUGAGGAGAAUGUGCUGCUGAGCAAGAGACAGAGGGCGCUAGCUGCUGCUGCUAAAGUGAGGCGAGGACAGAGGAGUGACAGGAGGCAGAAGGGAGGAGGAGCAGCAAGAGGAGGAGAGAUGCUGAGGGAGCAGGAGGCCCAGGAAGAAGAAUGGGCUACAGGCAGCCAGGCUGCUGGUGGGGAUGGUGCAAUGAAUUUGGAGGGAGACCGAGGGGCGAUUGUUGUUCCAAACAGCACUGCUAUUGCCGCAGCGCCUAUAACAGGGAGUGUUCUUAUCGGAGGUGCUUCUAUUGCAAGUGCUGCUGUGGGAGUGGAGGAGAGGGUGGAGUUGAAGGAGGAAGCCGUGCGGGAGGGCGUUCAAGCAGUGCUUGCUGCUGGGGAAGUGGAGUUGAAAGAGGAAGCUGUGCGGGAGGGCGUUCAAGCAGUGCUUGCUGCUGGGAAUUGCCUCUCUCGCCCCGCUCCUUCUUCCGUUGCUUUCUUAUCUUUCUCAAUGCCCUCUCCCUUCCCACUUCUCGCCUUCCCUCUUCCAUGGUUCCUCUUGACUGCUUCUGUAUACCCAUCUUUCAAUGUCCGUUUUUAA